UGCAUACUUUGGGGCAGUAGGGUAGUGAUUCCACCUCCGCUCCAAAAGCGUGUUCUAGAAUCCCUACACGAGACUCAUCCCGGCAUAGUGCGAAUGAAGGCUCUGGCCAGGAGCUACGUCUGGUGGCCGGGAAUGGACGGGGAGAUCGAGGGCUGGGUCCGCGGGUGCCAGACCUGCCAGGAAUCCCGGCCCGAGCCGCCCAGCGCCCCCGUCACUAGGUGGGAGUCCACCCGGAAACCAUGGUCGAGACUCCAUAUCGACUUUGCGGGCCCAUUCCAGGGGCAGACCUUCAUCAUAAUAGUGGACUCCUACACCAAAUGGCUGGAGGUCAUCCCCGUAGGGUCCACCUCGUCCACAGCCGCGAUCAGAGCUCUGCGCAGGGUCCUAUGCACACAUGGCAUCCCGGACACCAUAGUCUCUGAUAACGGGGCCGCCUUCACCUCAGCCGACUUCCAGGCGUUCCUGCAAAGAUACCUGAUCAGGCACAUAAGGUCGGCUCCCUUCCAUCCGGCCACCAACGGCCAGGCGGAGCGGAUGGUCCGCACAACAAAGGAGGCCCUCGGCCGAAUUGUACAGGGGGACUGGGACCACAGGCUGGCCGCGUUCCUCUUCGAUAAUCGGAUCACCCCCAACCCGGUCACAGGAGUCAGCCCGGCUGAGCUCCUCAUGGGACGCAAACUCAUAACCCGGCUGGACCGGCUGCAU